AGCAGCGUCUCGCGGGGCGGCCGCGCCGCAGAGCCCGGCGGAAGGAGGCGGAGGAGGGAGCGGAGCUGCCGGGCCCUGCACCGCCGGUGUGAGCUGCUGCCGCGGGGAGCGUGUGCCGCCCGGCCCCGCUGCGCACAGGUAACCGCGGAGAAGGAGGCGCGGAGUAGCCCAGCCCAGCCUCCCCUGUCCCCAAUGCUGCGGGCCGAGCUGCCCUGCCGGGGCUGCGGCUGCUGCCACUGACAGCGGAGCCUGCGCCGGGCCGUCUCCACCGGGACGCAGAUUUUCCGCGUUUUGUGUUUAUUCUGCCGCUCCUGAGAUACCGCUAUCCUCCUGCCAAGGGCUGCGGGCAGGUCCUGUCUAGCUGUUUUGGAUUUUACCCGUCUGUCUUCAUUGCCCGUCUGAAAGUAUAUUUAUUUUUAAUAAAAGAAAGUCGAGCCACAAAUCCACUUAAUAUCACCUUCCCAUUUCUGUGGAGUCCGGUGUAUUUCUGCAGUUAAAAAAGUUUACUCCCCUCCCUCCAGUUUUAUUGACACUGAGGAUGAAGGAUUUGCAAAUGAAAGCGCCUUGAAGUACAACAUCUUUUGGAGAGAGCUCUGCAGUUCGCCUGUUGAGUCUCGAAUUCCACCCUUUGCCCCUGCUGAAUCCGCUGUUCUGCCCUUUACUCUCUGGGGUAAAAACCCCCAAACAACAACAAAAACCAAAAGGGGGAAAAAAUACCUUUGGCAGCAGGGAAGCUUUGUGUGACUGACCCAACGAGCUACAAGUGUCCAGUUUCUGAAAAGAAGAAAACCCUUUUGUCUUCAGCAGAUCAGUAGAAUUGUUUUGGAAGCGAAGAAAGUGUCAAGUGAUCUGGCCUACAGAAGAGGAGACUGAAGCCAUCUCUGAGUGGAGAGCUUGGACUUGCAGGAGGAAGGCCGUGUGUGUCCCCCCAUGUGGCAGUACUGUUCCUUCUUGCCAAGGAACUCUAAGUGAAGGAAAUAGGUCAAGGGCAGCUUUUACAUUCCACCCAAAAGGCACCACAGUUUGAGAUGAGGAAUUCAGAAGAGCAAGCAGCUACGACAGUUUUACAACGCCUGCUGCAGGAGCAGCUCAGAUACGGAAACCCAAAUGACAACCGUAACCUUCUUGCCUUACACCAGCAAGCCACAGGAAAUGCCCCCCCUUUCAACAGCACCGGGAGUCCAGCAUCUCAGAACGAAGGGCUGAGCUCCCAGGACCACCAGCUUGUGACUCAUGCUGCCCGUCAGGAGCCCCAGGGCCAGGAGAUACAGGUGGACAACAGCAUCAUGGAGAAGCAGCUCUCCCCGCGACUUCAGAACAGUGAGGAUCUCCCGACCUAUGAGGAAGCCAAAGUCCAGUCACAGUAUUUCAGGGGCCAGCCACAUGCUAGUGUUGGGGCAGCGUUUUAUGUAACAGGGGUCACUAACCAAAAAAUGAGGACUGAAGGGCGGCCCACGGUUCAGCGGGUGAGCCCAGGGAAGGUCCAUCAGGAUGAAGGACUUAAGGACCUCAAGCAAGGGCAUGUCCGCUCCUUGAGUGAGAGGCUGAUGCAGCUGUCCUUGGCCACCAGUGGUGUCAAGGCCCACGCUCCUGUCACGAGUGCACCGCUCUCCCCCCUCUCUCCACUUUCUCCUCAGCAGUCCAGUGAUCCUUACAAAAAUUCUGGCUCCAAUGAGUUCUACAAGAACUCAGUACCGCCCCCUUCCCAGCCCAGCAUGAAAGGAAUGGAGCAGCGGGGUCCUCCUCCGGAGUAUCCUUACAAAAAUGUGUCCACCCCAUCUAUGAACUGCAAACCUCAGGACUCGGGACAUUUCUAUAGUGAUCAUCGCAUGAGCCAGCAGGGAAGAUCUGAUGGGCCUAUGAUGAGGUAUCAGCAUCCCCCUGAGUAUGGGUCAGUCAGGCAGAACCCAGAUGUGCAGCUGCAGUUACAACAAAGACCACCUCACCACCACAGCCCAACUUCUUCCUUGACAUCCCUGGGAUCUUUGACUUUGCUUCAGUCUCCACCACCAUCCAGGCUGUCCCCUUCCCAGCACCAGCAACCUCUGACUCCAAGCCAGGGAGACCCUGGCCUUCUGCCACGGACCCAGCAGCCAUUCUUGUCCAACCAAGUCCAUCAGGGAGAUUUGUACCGACUAUGCCAGCCCUUCCUAGGCCCACAGCAGCAGCAAGGCGAUUCGUAUUCAGUAAUGUCCCGGGCUCAGCAGAUACCUUCUCCGUAUCAGCAGAUGCCAGUAGAUCCUUUUGCCAUAGUUUCCAGAGCCCAGCAGAUGGUGGAAAUCCUGUCAGAAGAGAAUCGGUCUCUACGGCAGGAACUGGAUGGUUGCUAUGAGAAAGUGGCCCGGCUGCAGAAGCUGGAAACAGAAAUUCAGCAAGUUUCAGAGGCAUACAAAAACCUGGAGAAAUCAUCCUCUAAGCGGGAUGCCCUGGAAAAGGCCAUGAGAAACAAGCUGGAAGGAGAAAUUCGUAGGCUUCAUGAUUUCAACAGGGAUCUACGAGAACGUAUGGAGACAGCCAACAAGCAGCUUGCUGAGAAGGAAUUUGAAGGCUCUGAAGACAAUCGCAAAACCAUCUCUCAGCUCUUCGCACAGAACAAAGAAACACAGCGGGAGAAAGAGAAACUGGAAAUAGAACUGGCUGCUGCACGCUCCACCAACGAGGACCAACGGAGACACAUCGAGAUCCGAGACCAGGCCUUGAACAACGCUCAGGCCAAGGUGGUGAAACUGGAGGAGGAGCUCAAAAAGAAGCAGGUCUAUGUUGAGAAGGUGGAGAAGAUGCAGCAGGCCUUGGUUCAGCUGCAGGCAGCAUGUGAGAAACGGGAGCAGCUGGAACACAGGCUGAGGACCCGGCUGGAGAGAGAACUGGAGUCUCUCCGGAUGCAGCAGCGUCAGGGUACAUCUCAGGCUGCCAAUGUCUCAGAGUACAAUGCCACCGCCCUUAUGGAACUCCUGCGUGAGAAGGAGGAAAGGAUUCUUGCUCUGGAAGCUGACAUGACCAAGUGGGAACAGAAAUACCUGGAGGAGAGUGUGAUGAGACAGUUUGCUUUGGAUGCAGCUGCAACUGUGGCUGCUCAGAGGGACACGACAGUGAUCAACCACUCGCCUAACCCUAGUUAUGACACCUCGCUGGAAGCUCGCAUUCAGAAGGAGGAGGAAGAGAUCUUGCUUGCCAACAGAAGAUGUCUCGACAUGGAGGGAAGGAUUAAGACUCUGCACGCUCAGAUCAUCGAGAAGGAUGCCAUGAUCAAAGUCCUGCAGCAGCGCUCCCGGAAGGAGCCUGGUAAGACAGACCAGCUCUCCUCCAUGAGACCGGCCAAGUCCCUCAUGUCCAUCUCAAAUGCUGGCUCGGGCUUGCUGUCCCACUCAUCAACACUGAGCAGCACUCCCAUCCUGGAGGAGAAAAGGGAGGACAAGAGCUGGAAAGGCAGCCUAGGUGUUCUGCUGGGAACAGAAUAUCGCUCUGAAUCCAUUCCCUCCACCCCCUCUCCUGUCCUUCCUUCCACCCCAUUGCUGUCAGCCCACUCGAAAACAGGCAGCAGAGACUGCAGUACCCAGACUGACCGGGGCAGCGAACAAAGCAAAGCUGCACCUUCCACUGCAGCCCCCACAGCAGGACGACUUCCCAGUACCAAUCUGGCCUACAGUGCAGACAAAACAGAUGGACCACUCUUCCACUCCAGCACUCUGGAAAGAAAAGCUCCUGUUCAGGCCAUGGGGCAGGACCUCCCAGAUGGAGAGAUGGUAGAAUACCUCAUCUGAAAGGCUGGACCGGGAUCUGUGCUGGGAUAAAAUAGCAAGACAUUUUAAAAAAGACAUUUUUAUUGGGGAAAAAACCAUGUAGUACCUGAGUAAUAAAAGAACACUCAGCUGUUUGCUCUUGUAUAUUAUGUCUCAAAAGUAUGGACAGGUUAAUUUAUAAUUUGUUCUAAAUUAUAAAAAACCCGUAACACUUGUUCUUUGAAAGUUUCCCCUCUUCUUUUUAAAGUACUGGAUCUGGUAACAUUGGAGAAACCCCAAGAACUUAGGUGCACUAUAUCUGAUAUUUCAUUUCAGUAUUUUUAAAGUGUCUUAAACAGAAGUACCUGCUCUGACAUCUGGUUAAAUGUCCAGUGUGACUGCAGCAAGGUGAGCAUAACAGCCUUAAAAUGAUCAGAACUAGGGCCUUAGCUGUCAGCAUCACAUGGGUUUACAAUACAGGUGUUCUGAGAAACUGCUGAAAUCUGAGCUGUGAUCAAGGGAUAUUUCUCUUUAUACUCAGUGUAAGAGCUCAGAGUAGGUUUUUUCACAUUCAGAGGCUGGAAAGAUUUCCAUUUUCAGUGUGGUAACAUUCUGCUCUUUUAACAUCCCAUAUUGUGUUAUAUUUUUGUUAAAGGAAAUGACUCCGGUGAUUAAUGUCCAAUUUCACACUUUUUUAGUUUCAUUGCAAGAUUUGCCACACUUUAAUACUUAAGUACUUUUUCAAUAAUAUAUACAGUGGAUAGCAAAUAAUAUAUUGCAUUCAUGUUUUACAUAAAUUUAAAAAGGAGAGUUUACAGGUUCAUUUAGAUCAGACUUCUGCCAUUGUAAUUCCAUUUGCUUUAGUGGAACUAUUCCAAAUGUACCAUAGUGCUAGUGGCAAGCCCUGUUGCUUUUCAGUGAUGGCAACGUCAUCUACUGCAUCUGUGGAGACCAUUCUGUGUAGCAGAUUUGUCUGUAUUUCAAAUGUCCUCCUACUUUCUAUGUCCUUCCUUCAUGAGGAGAUAAAAAUCCUUCUUCAAAUAGCAAAGCUGUGGAGGUAGAGCUUUAAAGAGAAGCUUUGUGUAAAAUUUCGGAUAGUCAAUUCUUUCUUUACAAGAUAUUUUUGUUUGUUUGUUUUCUCCAUCUGAUUGGAGAGAGCAGAUUAAAGAAGGUCCCAGAGGCAUUACAGAAGAAAGCUAAAUGUUUAAGUCAUCAGCUACAUUUUCAAACUUAGGGGAACUAGCAGAUGGUACAAGGAGAUACUAAGUCCAGUAGAAGUAAAUGAGUUUAUUUUGUUACUGUUGCAUUUUAUUAAAACACUUCAAUAUUAAUUUCUGUUAAAAAGUACUACAUUUUACUUGAAUGUUAAAAUCUUUAAUUAGCCAAUGGUCACACAUUGGGAACCUGGCUGGUGUCAGCUUUCUGUGCAGCAUUAGAGUAGCCAGAUUUUAAUUUCAGAUUGUUUUGCCCCAGACAUAAGGAAAAUCAAUAAUUAAUCAUCAGACAGUUAAUGAAUGUCCUCAUUUCCUACUUAGCUGACACUACAGGUAUGGUAUCCAGUUGAAGUGUCCUUAGCAGAUCAAAAUACAUGAAUUUUCCCAUGGAGGGUUGGGAGGCUAAAGGAGGUGCCUUUUCUCUGCUGCACUGGUGACUUAGCGGUGCUAAAGAUAAGCCAUGAGUUGGAUUCUGUUUGUCUUCUAGUGAUAAUCACUUAAACCCCAAGGAAAGCACUUCCCAUCAUUUCCAGCAGAUGUGCUGCUUGUUCGUGAUCUUUGGGGAAAAUGCAUAUGGUGAGGUGUGAGCUAAGCCUACAUGGCCUGGCUUUGCCUAUGUCUGCUCUAACAGGCAGGAUGAGCUUCCUUCAUCACCACUACUUAAGAUGCUUCAGAGCUUCACUUUGAGACUUUGACUGUCUCUGCCCUGUGGGACAAUAUCUUUCUGGGCAAUGUGGUAGACCUUCCUUAAGUAUAUUCCAGUAAUCCAAAUUAGUUCUCUCCUCUUUUCUAGACAAACUCUUCACAGUCUCUUUGUUCUCAUCCCUGACAAUGCCUCACAUUUAUUUCUCUUGGCUUAAUUCCAUCCCAUUUUAUGAAGUAAUGCCCACUCUGGAUGAUGUGAAGUGAUUUCUCUUCCUUCUUCACAGUUGGAAAUGCAGAAAAAGCUUUUCUCAUUAGCUCAAGGUGUUCAUCUUUUUGCCAUUUCAGCAUAAUUUUCUGUAUUCUAUUUUGUGGUUUGGGCUGAGAAUGAACAGUAAGGGAGAUCAAAUGCCAUUGAGUGUCUGUGUGAGAAGGGAGGAGAGAUAUCUGAGUGCUUUUCUGUUCUUUUCAAGUCAGGAAAAAUUAAAUUCCAUCUUUACAAGUACUUUUCAUCAGUAGGAGAGAAGUUUUGCAGCUGCAGGGCUCUAGAUAAACAGUUCCAACUUGCCUUAUUCACGUUCACUCAAAAAUGUCUACGUGCUUUAGAGAUAAAAGCUGCUUUAGAAAACUGAUUUUCCCCGAUCAAUACUGGCUUCCCAGCUGGACUAGGUAAAAAUAAUAUGUUUAUCCUCCUUGCAGCUCAUUGUUUUCAAACUGAGUGCCACUCUAAUCUAUUUUUACAAACAAAAAAGGACAGAAUAGCUUUCUAUGAGUAAAAUACAGAUUAUGAACAGCAACCGUCUCCUCCAGAAAUGGAAGCCAGGUGGUCUCUGACAGUCCAAACCAUCAGGAUUGCAGGAGCCUUAGCCAUUCUGUGCCUGUGGAAGCUAGUUUGGAAGAAGAUGGUGCAGUUUUACAUUGCUUAGGUCAGGUUCUUUGGCCUCAUUUAUAGUUUUGAUUUCUUCCAAAAGGAGAACCCCCAAAACUUUGGACAUGGAAGUUUGAUGUCAUUUUCCUGUGCGGACAAACUUGGAGCCAUCAGGAAUGUAUUCUUUCCCUUGAACUUCCUCAGAGCCAUCCUGAUGUGAAUGUAAAAGAGCUGCUUGCUUUGAGGAAGAUGUGUACUAUAGUCUUCAGUCCCUCUGUACAGAUUUUUGGUUUGUUUUUUAACAUAAACUGCUUUAAGGAGACAAACUGCAGACCUAGUUCCUUUUCCUUCCAUAGAGCUUGUUAAAAAUCACCUCCUACUAGAAACAUGAUGAUUGCAAUGACCUUCUUUGCAAACCAAAAGUUUAGACUAAGAGUUUUUCUUAAACUCGGGUAUUAGAAACAGAAUUGUAGCUUUUAUAAAGAAAGCCACAUAUUCUUCUUUGUAGAGCAAAACAAGAAAAUCAAAUCUAGUUAUUUUUCCUCUCUUCCUUUCACUGCUUACUGUGGCCAAACUCACAAGUUCUUCCCUUGGGCAGUUCUUUGGGAUUUGGCAUCUCAGAGAACUGCCUGGAAUCUAGAGACUUUCGUUCCCAUCUGGCCCAAUGUCAUCAUUAACUUCAAAUAGUUCCUACCUGGCAACUCUUGUGGGGUCUAGAGCAGCAGUUUUCUAUCUAUGGGCUCGGGAGGGGUCUGUUAGAUGCUCGUCGGGAGACUGCAAAGAGUGGCUGAGGUCAGCAAAGUACUGUCAGGGGGCUGAAAUUCUUUGUGUGGCCUCUGCUGGCAGGUUUGUGGAGUGAGGCUGAAAACUGGCAUUAGCUUUGCUUUGGAGGCUGCCUGAGCAAGGAGACUUGCAGAGUUUUAGGCCAGAACCAUUUCCAAGGACACCUCCUGCUCCAGGAGCCCACCCGCCAUGAACCAUGACACCCAUACAGUGAAUCCCAACACCCGUGGCCGCACAACGUGCUUUUCCCAUUGCCUAGAAAAUGGUGGCAACAGAAAGCUGGUGCAGUCAGGGCCAGCAAAUCCCCAGGGAUAAUUUGGCUUCCUCUCUCUCUCUGUGAGGGCUGGCACAGGUUAGCCUGGGAUUCACUGUGCUGCUUCACGCCGUGGCCGAUGGUUUUGCUCCAUGCCGGGGUGGGGGGCUGUGGGCAGCAGGGGAGUCUCUUUUCAUGUAUUUGUAUAGGAACUCUUUUUUUAAAAAAUAGCAUUUUUAUGUCUAGGAAGUAAAAAGACAUUGUAAAAUGUAAUUGUACUGUAUUUAUGAAGAAAAUACAUUUUUUUUUCCAAAAAGAUUGUAUUCUAAGUUGGUUUUAGAGUCUUGACUUUCAAUAAUAUCAUCUCUUAGGCUCUCAGAAGCAUCAAAACCACUCUGAUUUGCACUCUGCUGCCCAACUACACCUUUAGAGUUGUGUUAAUGUACUGAGAUUUAAGAGAAGGGUGACUAGCUGCUCUCUAAGCUCAAGCAGAACCUGUGUUGUUCCAAGUUCUGAAGUCUUUGAACACUUUUGUUGAAUUUGGGCUCUGCUCAGCAUCAGCGAUGGAGAUGCAGGAGUAAAUGGAGAGUCUCUGGAGUGAGCUAGGAAGUAGCCACCCUUUUUGUUUUGUAUGUGGAGCAGGGUUUAUCAAGUCACUCAGGACUCCUGUCCUGUCAUUUAGUUAUCUUCCAGGUGUAGAGGAGGAGCUUUGGGGGACAAAUGGCUUCAACACAGUUUCUCGUUCAGCAAGAUUGGGAUCUAAAAGGUGAGCAAUGAGUGAUGGGUUAGCUGCUUUUCUCCAGGAACCAAAAUGUCCAAGAAUAAAGA